GGGGUUCCCCGGCACGCUGCCGAGUGUGCGGAUGUCGUUGGGAAUCCUGCUGACAGGCUGAGUGGACUCGGGCGGGACCAGUGACUAUAGGUCUCCAAGGAGAGUCGCCUGAGCCUGUGGCCGUCCGUCCGGGAGGUGGUCGGUCAUUCAUCCGUCGAGUACGGCAGAGGAGCGAGGGCCCCUUGGGGGUCCUGGGAUCCAGAGCCCAGGCAAGCGGGGUACCAGCCUGCAGUAACACCUUGGGCUGUCGCCGGCCUUUGCAGAACAGGGAGAAUUCUGCUGCUCUCACACGGUGGCUCAGGUGACCGCUGCCAUGGCUUUUCCCCAUCGGCUGGACGCCCCUGAGCUUCCCGACUUCUCUAUGCUCAAGAGGCUGGCUCGGGACCAGCUCAUCUAUCUGCUAGAACAGCUUCCUGGAAAAAAGGAUUUGUUCAUUGAGGCAGAUCUCAUGAGCCCUUUGGAUCGAAUUGCUAACGUCUCUAUCCUGAAGCAACAUGAAGUGGACAAGCUGUACAAGGUGGAGAACAAACCUGCCCUCAGCGCCAAUGAACAACUGUGCUUCUUGGUCAGACCUCGAAUCAAGAAUAUGCGCUACAUUGCCAGUCUUGUCAAUGCUGACAAGCUGGCUGGCAGAAUUAGAAAAUACAAAGUCAUCCUAAGCCCUCAGAAGCUGCUGACCUUGGACUCCUGGUCCUUCUGCCUCUUCUGAGUGCUGAGAUUGCAGUUUUAUGCAUGUGAGAUGGUGCUUGAGGAAGAGGGAGUCUAUGGAGAUGUGAGCUGUGAUGAGUGGGCCUUUUCUCUGCUGCCUCUUGAUGUCGAUCUGCUGAGCAUGGAACUGCCAGAAUUUUUCAGGGAUUACUUCCUGGAAGGUGAUCAGCGUUGGAUCAACACUGUGGCUCAGGCCUUACACCUUCUCAGUACUCUCUAUGGGCCCUUUCCUAACUGCUAUGGCAUUGGCAGAUGUGCAAAGAUGUCAUAUGACCUGUGGAGGAAACUGGAGGAGGAAGAAGACAGUGAAACCAAAGGUCGGAAACCAGAGAUUGGACACAUCUUUCUCCUGGACAGAGAUGUGGACUUUGUGACAGCACUUUGCUCCCAAGUGGUUUACGAGGGCUUGGUAGAUGACACCUUCCGAAUCAAGUGUGGAAGUGUUGACUUUGGCCCAGAAGUCACAUCCUCUGACAAGAGCCUGAAGGUGCUACUCAACGCUGAGGACAAGGUGUUCAGUGAGAUCCGCAAUGAGCACUUCUCCAAUGUCUUUGGCUUCUUGAGCCAGAAGGCCCGGAACUUGCAGGCCCAAUAUGACCGCCGGAGAGGCAUGGACAUAAAGCAGAUGAAGAACUUCGUGUCGCAAGAGCUCAAGGGACUGAAGCAGGAGCACCGCCUUCUGAGUCUCCAUAUUGGGGCUUGUGAAUCAAUCAUGAAGAAGAAAACCAAGCAGGACUUCCAGGAGCUAAUCAAGACCGAGCAUGCGCUGCUGGAGGGCUUCAACAUCCGAGAGAGCACUAGCUACAUUGAAGAGCACAUAGACCGGCAGGUGUCGCCCAUAGAGAGCCUACGCCUCAUGUGCCUUUUGUCCAUCACUGAGAAUGGUUUGAUACCCAAGGAUUAUCGGUCCCUGAAAACACAGUAUCUGCAGAGCUAUGGCCCCGAGCACCUGCUAACCUUCUCCAACCUGCGGAGAGCCGGGCUUCUAACAGAGCAGGCUCCUGGGGACACCCUCACAGCAGUAGAGAGUAAAGUGAGCAAGCUGGUGACGGACAAGGCUGCAGGGAAAAUCACUGACGCCUUCAGUUCUCUGGCCAAGAGGAGCAAUUUUCGUGCCAUCAGCAAAAAGCUGAAUUUGAUCCCACGUGUAGAUGGGGAGUAUGACCUGAAAGUGCCCCGAGACAUGGCUUAUGUCUUCAGUGGUGCCUAUGUGCCUCUGAGCUGCCGAAUCAUUGAGCAGGUGCUGGACCGGCGGAGUUGGCAGGGCCUUGAUGAAGUGGUACGGCUGCUAAACUGCAGUGAGUUUGCAUUCACAGACACGGCUAAGGAAGACAAGGCUUCCAGUGAGUCACUGCGCCUCAUCUUGGUGGUGUUCCUGGGGGGCUGCACGUUCUCAGAGAUAUCAGCCCUGCGCUUCCUGGGUAGAGAGAAAGGGUACAGAUUUAUUUUUCUGACAACUGCUGUUACAAACAGUGCUCGCCUCAUGGAAGCCAUGAGUGAGGUGAAAUCCUGAUGUUUUCCUGGCCAGUGCUGAAGUAUUUCCUGAUUGUGGAUCCCAGUGAGAUGCUGGUGUUUGGCAUCUACCUUCUACGAUUCCUGUCACACACACACACACACACACACACACACACACACACACACACAUAUACACAUACACACACACACAUACACACACACACACACACACACACACACACACACCCCAGCUACACUUAAUACUCAGAGCUGGGAACUUUGGAACUAAUUUUGGGGGAGAGAAUUCAUGUCCUAUCCUCCAGGAUACUCCUCUUGCUUAUAAAUUGUAUAUAGUUCAUGCUGCUAAGAUAUGAGGGGAGAGGUAUUCUUUGCAAAUCCUGUUUGAAUAUUAUUGUAAAUAAAGCCUCUGUUCUCUCUC